AUGAUUAGCAAAAAAAAUGCUAUAGACGAUAAAAAUUUAAAUGAUUUAUUAUUCAGUGAUCAACCUAAUUCAAACUAGAAUUUAGAUGAAGAAGAUAUGAGAAUUUAUAAUAAUAGGCAAUAAGAAGUAAUUGAUGAUGAUGAAGAUGGAUUAUAAAACUAUUAAAAUCAUUAUGAUGGCGAGAAUAAUGGAACAAAUAAUCAAUAUGGCCAAAAAUUUAAUCAUCCAUAAACCAAUAAUCCAUAAGUGUAAAAGUAUAAUAAUAACUAGUAGUUUUAAAAUCAAAAUAGAGAUUUAAAACCAAACUAAAAUUUUAGUUCAAGAAAUGUUCCUAGCAAUACAGAUAGAAAUUAAAAUCAAAUGUAUCAAAAAUAAAAUAAAAAUUAAGGAUACAGACUCAGCGAAAAUGAUUUAGUAGAUAGUAAUGCUAGCUCAGGUACAAAGCAAUAUUUGCAUGAGUAACAAAAAAAGAAUACAUUUGAAAUGUUUUAGCAGUAGAAUAUACACAAUAAUUUAUAUGGAGUUAAUGAAAUGCAAAGAACACAACAUUUCGCAAAUUAAAUGGAUGAUUAAAGCCCUAAUAAAUUAAUAGAUGAACAAGAUUAAUAGAUUGCAAAUGUAAUUAAUGAAAUACCUUGUCCCUUUGGAGAUUUAAGUAUGACAUCUAACUCAAAUUCAUCAACUCCAGAUAAGUCAUUUUAGAAAUUUGGAAUGAAUUAAAACAAUAGAUUAUCUAAUCAAGGCAAUUAAUUUAAUAAAUAGAAUUUGCAUCGCUUUAAUGGCAGCUCAGCUAACAUUUAAUAAAAGCCAAAAGGAAAUUCUAACUUCUAGAAUGAAGACAAUUUCUAUGAAGAUGAAGAAUAAAAUCCUUAAAAAAAUAACAAAAAAAAUUAUUAGGUAACAAAAUAGUAGUAAGGACAACAUGAUGAAGAUGAAGAUUUCGAAGAGGAAGCCUCCUAUAAUAAUUUUAAUUCAAACCAGCAUCAAUAAAAAAAACCUAAUUAAAAUAACAAAAACAAUAACAACUAAGAUUGGUAAUAAAAUAUUAUAAAAACAACAAAUUUAUUUCCUGAAAUAAAUAUGCCCACAAUGGAACUUUCAAAUGAAAAUAGUGCUAUAUUCUCUCAGUAUUAAAAUAAAUACUAUUAAUCCCAGCCUAGCUACAAGGAUAAACUAGAAUAAAAUAGAUAAAAUUUAAAAUAAUUUUAGCAGCAAAUGCAAGAAAAUAGUGCAUUAAAGCAAUAUCAAAAUAAUAAGAUAGAAGAAAAUGAAGUUGAUGAAUCAUCUUACCAAUAGUCAAAUUAAAAGAUCCAUAAUAGCAAGACUGGCAAUAAUAAUUACUAAGGCUAUUCAGACAUCUCUUAAAAUAUGGAAAAAAGUGAGAAUUUCUAAGAUGUGCAAUAAGACGAAUGUGAAGAAGUUGAAGAUCCUCGUAUUUUUUAAUAUUAAUAAUAAAAAUUCACAAAAAAUCAUUUUGCUAAUUAACCUGAAAUAUAAGUAGAAGGCUUUUAAGAUUAAGACAACAAUCAAAGUCAUAAUAACCUUGAUUAAUCAAAUAAUUAGUUUAAUAUGAAUUUUUAGGAUAACAGCUAGAUGUAUGAUUAAAAGUCUAACUUUGGAGAAGAUAUGAAUGAAAUUCAUUAAAAAGUAGCAUAAUCUCUCUCUAGAAUAAACUAAUCUAUAGCAGAAAAAUAAGUUGUUUAAUUAUAAGGAAUGCUCAAAGAUAAAGAUAAAGUAAUCACAGGUCUUUAAUAUGAGUAAUCGUAGCUUUACGAAAGAAUAAAUGAAAUCGAGGAGAAAUUUUCAUUGUUAUCUGAAAAAUAUAAAGAUGCUUCAAGCUUAGAAUAGCUAAGAGGAAAGAGCUUAGAUGGAGCAUAAAAAUAAAUAGCGAAACUAAGAAAUAUUGUAGAUAAAAAGGAAAAUAAAAUAGUUCAAUUGUCUGAAUAGGUGUAACAGCUAACAGGCCAUGUGGAAUAAUUAGAAUAAGCUAUUGAACAAGAGCUUUAUUCAGUUAAUUAAGAAAUUUCUAAAUACAAAAUAAUUCAUGACAGCUAUGUAAAAAGGAUUUCAGAGAAUGAACAAUAAAUUUAAUAGCUCUCUCAGCACAAUGAAUAUAUAAUGUAGGAGAAUUCAACAAGAUUGUAAAAACUUGAAUAAGAAAUGAAUAGCCUACGUAAAUAGUGUAAGAAUAAAGAUGACAUUAGGGAAGGUGAUCUAUAGUAGAUAAAGCAGAAUAAUAAUGAAAUAGAAAGACUCUAAUCAGUAAUUAAGUAAUUGGAAGAAGAGAGAAAAUAAUCAGAAACAAAAUUUAAAGAAUUAAGAGAUUAAUUUGAUUUAGUAAUGAUUUAAAAGGCUGAUACAAACACACUCAAAGAAUAUGAGAAGGUUUUAGGUUUAGAAGAUGGCUUUGAUGCAAAUCUAGUUGGAGAAAACAAUAAAACUAAUUUGAAUCAUUAAAAAAAAUAAUUUGACGAUGAACUCAACCGCAUCAAAACUAACUAUGAAAGAUAAAUUGCGAAGCUGAAAGAAGAGCUAGCCUACUAAAAAGAAUUAUAAUCAAAAGAGGUAUUCCAAUAAAUGAAUAAACAUGAAGAAAAUAAUGCUUAGGGAAGUAACAGAAGUCAAGAUUCAAGGAUAAUUAAUAUUGAAUUUUUACAGAAUAAUAACAAUGCUACUCUCAAUCAAACACAAAAUAAUGAUUUCAACCAAACUAAAAGUGAUGUAGUUUAGAUAGGAUAUUCUAGACCUUCUGAGUUAAUAAAGUAGAGUUUGAAAGAUUUCAACAUUAUUUAAGAAUUUAAUUUGAUAUUUAACGAUUCUGAUGAAAACAAAGAUCCUGAUGUUCUUGUUAGCUUUAUAUAGUAAGUUGCUAACAAAAUUCAGAGUUACAAAGGUGAUUUGUUAGAAAAAGAUAAAAUUUUAAAAGAAUUACAAUAAAAAUUUAUUGCACUUUAACAAGAUUUUAAAGUUCUCAAAAACGAAAAAGAGCUUUUAGCUUCAUAAUUGAAGGUCAACCGCAAUCCUCUACAAGAUUCCAUAUCUGAAAAGAGUCCUAUAGUUCAGCAGCUCCAAGAUACAGUACUAAACUUAGAAGAAACGAUUAAGAUAUUAGAAAAAUCUAAAAGUUAAUAUUAAGAGGAAAUAGAUGCCUACAAGCACACAAUAGAAAUUUUGAAAAGUUAGAUAGAUGAAUGCUAACAUAGUAAUAAUUAUUAUUUGAAUCAAAAUGAGCUAUUAUCAUAAAAAGUUUCUGAAUAAGAAUAAGAAAUUCAUUUCUUGAAUGAGCAAUUAAACUAACUUCAAGAUAGUGAUCAAAAUCAUUCUUAAGAGAUGAAAAAAGCUUACAGUUAAAGACAGGAAUAUGUAGAAAGUUAAUUAACUGAAAAGAUUAAUGGACUCUAAGAAAAGCUUAAGAAAAAGAAUAACGAAUUAACAGACAUUUCAAUAUCUAAAUAGUAAAUGGCUGAUGAGUUAAGAUAAUUCAAAAACAAAUACAAUGAAACCACUUUGAAUUAUGAAAAAUAAUUGAAUGCUGAAAAGAAAAAACUUAAGGAUCUCUAAGAAAUCAAUGAACAGCUAACAGAAUAACUUAAAGAAUAACCCGAUCUUUACAAUUAGCUCUAGCAAUCACAAUAUGAACACACAUUUAAAAAAGAAAAAAUAGAAGAAUAUGAAACUUAAAUUGAGAAACUCAAAGCAAAUUUAAAGAAACAGUAAGAAGAAUUCAGUUAGAUUGAAAAUGAGCUUGAAAACUGUUAACAAUAACUUAAAUAAGAAAAAAUAGAGAAAAAUCGUGUUCAAAAUCAGUUAAAUACUCAAACAAGUUGUUUGAAAUUAGUGGAAAAAGAAAAAGACCUCCUAUUAGAUGAAAAGAAAUAAAACUAGAAAUUACAGAAAGAUGUAGACCAAUUGAAGAAUGAGAUCAAACAGAAGCAGGAUGAAGUUAAAAAUUUAAUUAAAGCUUCUAAAGAAAAUGAAGAAAAUCUAAACAGUUAAAUUAAAGAUUUACAGUAAAAGUUAGAAAAGAGUAAUUAAAAUUUUAAGAAAGCUGAAGAAUCUAAAAAAGCUGCAGAUGAAAAAAACACAGAGCUUACUGCUUAAAUUGAAUUUUAAUAAAAUAACAACAAAUUAAUAAAACAAAAAGAAGAGUACAUUAAAGUACUAGAGGAGUAAAAGGAUAAAUUGGAGAAAUAAAUCAAAGAAAAAGAUAAAAAGAAUAUUGAAUUAUUUAACAAUUAAAAGCAGAUUUAAGACUAAAUCAAAAAAGCAGAGUCAAAUUACAAUUAAUGCAGAGAAGAAUUGGAAAAAACAAAGAAGCAACUUAAUUUAAAGCAACACGAUAUUAAAUAAUUAACAAAUAAAUGCUAAGAUUUACACAAAUCUCAUUAAGAUCUGUCAGUCAGAUAUGAAGAAAUUGUGCUAAAAAAUGACCUUCUUUCGACACAAAUCGCCAGUGAAAAACCUACAACAAGCAGAUCACAUAACAGAAUAAAAACAUAAGAAGACCAAAACAUUAAUGAUUCAGAAUUUGAAUAAGUAAAGGUUUUCUUAACUUAAAAGAUUCAAUAGCUGCAAAUUUAAUUGAGAGAAUCCUUAGAAAAGCAAGAAGACUUAGAAAGAGAUAACAAUCAACUUAACAGAGAGCUUGAGGAUAACAACUUGGCAAAUGAGGCUCUUCAUUCUAAAUUAGAAGAUUUAUCAUUAAAAAACAAUAAAUAAUAGCAAGAUAUUUAGCAACUUAAUCUCUAAAUUAAGGAUUUGGUUGAGGUGAAUAAUUAGCUAAAAGAAUAAAUGAACGAGAUUAUGAAUGAACAAAGUUUAUCCAAAUCGUAGAUAAAUUUAACUAAUAAAACCAUUAAGACUGCUUAACAUGUAAAUUAGAAUAGAGUAAGAGACGAAAAUAUUGAUAUUUUAAACUAGAAUGAUAUCAGCUAAAGUAUCAAUAAAACUACUUUGAAAAAGUAGCAAGACUUUAAUCCAAUGGAUUAAUUCUCUCCAGAAAUGCUUUCAGCAGAAGAUACUAUAAAUUUGAUGCUUGAUAUUCUAAGAAGAACAACAAAAUCUAAUGAAAUGACUAGAUUACUCGCUAAUUCUGAUGAGUUUGUUGAUUUAAUUGAACAAAUUAAAAUUAUUAACAAUGAAAGUAAUUUCUUUGGAGGAGACACCCGAAGUGAACACAAAUCUCAAAGAAGCUUUUCUAUUUUAAGCAGUGCUAAUAAAUACAGUUCGAAUCAUCCACAUUAAAAAACAAUACUUAAUCAAUUUUAAAAUCCAUAACAACAAUAAUAAUAUCUUUAGUAAUUAUAAUAGCAAAUGGUAUAUUUACCAUAAUAGUCUCUUCAAUCUUAAAUCUAAUAAUAACAAUAAUAGUAUUUCUCAAAUCAAUCUCUAAUGUAUAACAAUACUAAUACUAAUUCAAUGUCACAAAGCUAAAUUUAACAACAAUAUAUGAGCAAUAACCCUAACAUAUCAAGUAGCAAUCUAUCAAACUACUCAACUCAAUAAAUAAAUUACUAAUAAAAUUUCAUUCCUGAAUCUGUUAAAUCAAGAAGAAAUAACAAUAUAAGUGGCUAUUACUGA